AUGAUCACAUUAGAGUUCAUAUUUGGCAUGCUUGCCCACUUCGUUGAUGAAGCUGAAGUGGGAAGUGGGGUGCAGGCCAUAAUUAAACGAGGUCAAAGGUCAAAUAAAAUUUGCUACUGGUGUGGUGAAGAAUGUGUGGCUAAGGAAGAUGGCUUUGGUGGAAUGGAUCCAUUUGCAAGUUUCUUUGGAGAUUUUGGAUUUGGGUUUGGUGGUGGUCCCCAGAGAGAGAGAGAAGUACCUAAAGGAGGGGACAUAACAAUGCAGAUGUUUGUAACACUAGAAGAACUGUAUGUGGGCAACUUUGUUGAGAUGAUGCGAAAUAAACCAGUGGCUAGAUCAGCUUCGGGCACUCGUAAGUGUAACUGUCGUCAAGAGAUGGUGACAAGACAACUUGGGCCAGGUCGUUUCCAAAUGACUCAACAGCAAGUUUGUGAUGAGUGCCCAAAUGUCAGGCUUGUUAAUGAAGAGAAGACACUUGAAUUUGAGAUUGAACCAGGAAUGGUUGAUGGACAAGAACAUCGUUUUAUUGGUGAAGGAGAGCCACACAUUGAUGGUGACCCUGGUGAUCUUAUCAUCAUUAUUAAGACUCAGCCUCAUGAAAGGUUUGAGCGACGUGCGGCGAUGACCCUUUAUUACAAAUGUAACGUUGUCUUUACAAGAAGCAUUGUUGGGAUUUGA